CCAUGGAAGAAUGCUUUCGAAAGGGGCUGGCCAAGGCAAUCGGUGUGAGUAACUUUAGCACGAAAAAGCUGCACGACUUGCUUCAACAUGCAAAGAUCACUCCUGCAGUGGAUCAGGUUGAAUUACAUGAGAGACUUGUGCAAGAGAAAUUGUGUCCAAGUGAUUGCUUGGUCACCUCUAGGUGGUCUUGGCAAGCCUUGGGGAAGCAAAUCCGUUAUAGAGCAUCCUGUUAUCCAGGAAAUCGCUCUAAAGCACCACAAAUCUCCUGCUCAGGUGAUCAUACGAUGGCUCACGGAAAUCGAUGUAGCUCCCGCUGUCAAGACCUACAACUCCCAGAGACUUCUGGAAAACAUUAACAGCUUCGAUUUCAGCUUGGCAGACGGGGACCAUAAACGAAUCGAGACCAUCGCACAGGAAAGGCUUGGUAUGUGGGAUGCUUUGUGCAAUUUCACUACCAGUCCUUACAAGUCACUUUGAAUGCCAUCAUAAGCUAUAUAA